AUAAUGUGCGUUUUUUCAAGAAGAACUAAAAGAAAAUAAAUCGUAUUUGAGGUACUACAGUACGUUCACACGCUUACACUUUCACACACGCACGUACGAUAGUUUUAAGCAGAAAGUGGGUGGCUAAGGCAUUGAGCAUAACGACGCAAAGGCUGAUCAGAAUAUAAUGAGUGGUCGCGGUAGCCGGAAACGUGGACGCCCGCCAAAGACGCCAAAUGAGCGCUCAUCGGGGCGUUUCAACUAUCAUAUGCUCAAGAAGCCGAAAUAUCUCAGUGAAGGAAAAUCCCAGCCAAGUACUCCAUCAGCGUCACGUUGCAUCUCUCCACAAAGCGAUGAGUGCAGUCGCGGGAGCCACAACAAUCGUAGUGGUCGCGGCAGCGGCGUCAAACGUGGACGGGGACGUAAAUCAAAUGUCCACGCUAACGCCAGCGCUAACAAUUAUUCAGGCAGAAAAGGUUUCGAGUCGGAGUAUCAUUAUGGCUCGGAUUUCGGAGAUUCGGAUGAGGAAAAAACGGAUAAUGAAGAUGAUUUGUUACUUACGCCGAGCGACGACGAGAGUUUAGAUGCAGCCAAUGAGAGUGAGUCCGAAUUUUCAGUCUGCAGCUUUACACAAAACGGGCUUGGCCGCUUAUCGCGUCCACCAAGUCCGGAGCCGAUUUGGCUGCAAGAGGGUCGAGAAUAUGCGGCUCUCGAAUUACCCGAUUCGUCCGAGGAUUUAUUUAUAGACAAUGCGCAUGUUUUGCGCGCUUUAAGUAUUUAUGAAGUAUUGAGACGCUUCCGCCACCUGGUGCGACUCUCGCCCUUUCGCUUUGAGGACUUUUGUGCGGCUUUAGUCUGCGAGGAGCAGAGUGCACUACUCACGGAUAUUCACAUAAUGCUUCUGAAGGCGAUAUUACGUGAGGAGGAUGUACAGGGCACACACUUUGGGCCACUUGAUCAAAAGGAUACAGUUAAUAUCAGUUUAUACCUGAUAGAUGCAAUCACAUGGCCAGAGGUGUUGCGCAGCUAUGUGGAAAGUGACAGAGAAUUCGAUCGUAAUGUUUAUAAAAUACUGAGCACAGGCGAAUAUCCCUAUAAUGGCGUUGAGCAUCGUUUGGUGGUGUUACAGUUUUUGGGCGAUCAAUUUCUAACUGCAAACUCAGUGCGCGACGUGAUGGUGCAGGAAGGUCCCAUUCACUAUGAUGAUCAUUGUCGCGUCUGCCAUCGCCUGGGGGAUUUGCUGUGUUGUGAAACAUGCCCUGCAGUCUAUCACUUGGAGUGUGUAGAUCCACCCAUGAACGAUGUACCGACUGAGGACUGGCAGUGUGGUCUCUGCCGAUCACAUAAGGUUACUGGCGUUAUGGAUUGUAUCCUGACGCAGGAGAAACAGGGCGUCCUUAUACGUCACGAUACUCUCGGCGUAGAUCGACAUGGCCGCAAGUACUGGUUUAUUGCGCGGCGCAUAUUUGUUGAAGAUCAGAUGGACGGCACUUGUUGGUACUAUAGCACAAGAGCAAAAUUUGAAUUGCUACUAAAACGUUUAGAUGCUGCAGAGUUGGAGACUCGGCUUUACUCCCAGUUAACCGACCGCCAGGAAGAAAUAGAGCGGCAAAUGAAACUAACAGAGUCGCUCACCAAUGAGCACAAACAUAACAAGCGCACCUUAUUAGAUCUAGAGCAAGAGGCUACACAAGAACUUCUCGAAAAAAAGCCGGCCGAUACUCUAGCCGAAGAAAGUGAUGACCAGGCAGCUGAAAUCGCAAAGAAAGCUGAAGAGAACAAAAUGGUAACACGUCAAAAGACGAAUCAAUUAAAUAGUGGCACACUCUACUUUAAGCUGGGUAUGGAACAGGGCUUUAAGAAUUAUGUUAACCAAUAUGCCACUAAUCCCAUAGCGCUAAACAAGCCACAACGGAAUGAGGAACGCGAUAAACGACGUCACCUAUCCCACAAAUUUUCCCUGACUACUGCCUCCGAUUUCAAAUGGAUUGGCAUUACAAUGGGAACAUGCGAUAAUAUUAUAACAACACUGCGACAAACCCUGCUCAAUUUUGAAUCGAAUAUAGCGGCCUCUUUUAUGAAUACCAAUUGGUUGAACAACAAAAAAAUGUGGAAUACUGCUGUAAUGAAUGCCAAACGGGCCACUGAUUUUGCUGCUGUUAUGUUGUUGUUUCAAGCAUCCCUUAAAAACGUAGUUUUUGCAAAUGUGUGGCACGAACAGCUUGGACACAUGCACUUGCAACGCAUCACAAGCGCCGAGCGCGAAGAACGCAAGAAACAAGAAAAACGUGAAAAACGUGAACGCGACGAUGAAGAGGAGCGCAAUCGCCUCGCAUUCAAUUACAUCAAAUAUUCUCUGGGCUUGAAGCACCAGGUAUGGAAGCAGAAGGGCGAGGAGUAUCGGGUGCAUGGCCAAUGGGGUUGGCUCUGGCUAUCUAGCAGUCGACGGUGCGGAGUUCGUGUCCGACGGACCCGUGCUCAGCCUCUGUCACACAAUCGCAUCUAUGUGCACUACACGUUGGGCGAAGAGCAGAAUGUAAACGAAGUUAUCCUUGUUGAUCCUCGAACUCAUCGCUUUAUACAGCAAUGUAAGUCAGUCCACGAGGCGGGUCAGGUGUGCCAUUAUUUGCCCGAGCAAUACACACACGUCAAUGUCAUCCAAGACGUUGGUGAGCGAGUGAAUGGGAUCAUUGAUGUAAGCAAAGCUUUAAAUGAACCUGGUCGCAUCUAUUAUCCAAAGGUGGCGCGCAAAUGUCGCUUGGAUGAUUUGCUGGAGAGACGCACCAAAUUAGCAGAAGUUGAGCAAAAAAUUGCAAUGAAAUCAGAUAGUGAUGGAGAUGUUAAGCCGCUUUUAAUACCAUCAAUUGCUGGGACUGGCACUAGCAAGCAAACGUAUCUGGAGAAGCGUUUAAUGCGCCUCACUGAAUCCUCAGGCAAAAGUAUUGCAUGCAACGUUAACUUGGAUCUCGUCAACUCCCUUGCCAAGCAAAUACAAACAGUUCGUUUGCAAUUCAGUCAACUAAACCGCUACGCUAAAACCUUCCGCUGCUACACAAAGGAAUGCAAUACAAACUCAAACGCCGUUUCACAAAUAACCCAAAACACUUGCUACUCGCCUCUAUGUCUGCAAAAGGCGCGUGCAAAAAAGGAGCUGCUGUUGCUACUACGAAAGGCACACACUGCGGGAAAUGGCUCAAAGGAGACGGUGGCAGCAAUUUUGGGUGCAGUAAAAAAGCCGUCCAUACUUGAACAGAAAUUGACAGAAGGCAAGAAGGAGUCUGCUCAGCUGGCAAUUGAUGAGUCUGAGGAUCACAAAUUAUCUGAAGCGGAGGCCCCUCUCGACUUGCUGCAAGACUGGGAGCAGGCGCGUGCGCAUGCUAUAACCUUUAGUAGUCAUCUGAUUACGGAUUGUUUGCAGAGCGAACCCGAGGAUGCGAAUAAAGUAACAGUUAAGGUGGAAGAGCAAAAUUCUGCUAGUAACUUACAUCCCGAUUCAAACACGCAAGACUCGGACAAAAUGGACUACAUCGAGAAUAUGGACGUGUGCAGCAAUGUUGAAAUUGAGAGCACAGAAGAUUCAUUAGCCGUGGCAGCGAGCGUUCCGAGCUCAACGGCAAAUAUCGAUGAAAUUGAUAGUUUUCCCGGUUUGCGUCGGAAACGCACACUAAAACCUAAAAAGGCAUAUAUUGGCACUAAAGAUGUUUUAGAUCAAACCUUGGAUAAAGAUAUACCUCUCAACAAGCAAAAUCGUCGAUUUCCCAUCACUCAGCGUCCGGUUAAGCGUGAGGAUGUCACUAAAUACGAACGAGAGUAUUUCGAAAGUGGUAAUGAGCGUGUAUACUCUGCAACUUCAACACGGGGGCGUGUCUAUCUCUUGCGUGAUGAGUCCAAAUUGUACGAGCAAUCAGUAAAAGCUGAUGAUAAAGCAACAGUCGUUAAGAAGUCAUCGUAUGCGCGCUAUCCGCUCAUCUCAAAUUUCCUAACUCAUAAACAAAAGAGAAGCCUUUUGAUUUUACCACGUUUCGAGCUGCUUAAGCUAUCCCGACUGGGCGGUAAAGCUCCGGCAAGUGGCUUUCACCAUGCCGCCAAAAAUAACUCAAUUUGGCAGUAUCAGUGCUCUAGGCCACUGUUCCGCACGUGCUGGUCAUAUCGUACAUCUAAUGCGACAACUUUGUCGUGCAUAGCAUUGCAGUUAAGAAUAUUAUGGUCUUGUCUACGGUGGGAUGAUAUGAUUGCCAAACCGCCAUCCACUGAUGGCAAACAUCAGGUUACAACGGAGAAUGAGAUUGUCACAUUGGAAUUGCUAAAGCUGCGUCACGCCGGUCGAUAUGGCGAGAAGACGAGCUACCUUCGACGGAAGGUUGUUAUACCAUUAGAAAUGCCAAAGACAAUUAGGGAGGUUACAUCAAUACGGUCGGGUCUGCGAAAAAGAAAGCGUGCCGAAUCACCGCAGCCAACAGAGCCACAAAUAAGCGAGGAGUGGGUAGAUGAGGAUAAGCUCGAGCUAUGGGAAAUUAAAUUUAUUGGUGAGAAGCAAGAGAAGGCACGCCUUGCUACGGUGACUCGUUCCGUGACCUCGCGGCAACUUGAAUCGAAUAACGGCUCCGGUCCUAAUGCGUCCUCUGUUGGAAGUCCAGGAGGUGGACGAGUUCUAUUGGCGCCGAAACCGGGGGAAGACGUCAAGGAUAAAAUGGAACAACAGUUGAAACUUCAACGAGCGGCACAUCAACAACGUAAAGUAAUUGGCGUUAACGAAGUUAUUCGAUCAUCAACACCUGUUAAGGGACAAGUAAUUGGUAGUAGACGUGUGAUAGUAAAAAAUCCGGAUGGUACGACGCGCAUCAUACAGCAAGCCGGUACGCAAUUAGCGCGAAGUUCGACAUCAACUUCAUCAACAACAAGCCCCGCCUCGUCUACAAAUGCAACAUCAACGACACCCGCUUCCACGCCACAUAAAGUACAAAUCAUACGUGGGCCCGACGGCAAAGUAAGCGUCCGUGGACUAAAUCCAGGUCAGCAAUUGGUACAAAUGCCGGACGGCAAACUACAUGUCUUAACGACAACAACAUCAAACACAGUAACAUCAAGUGAGUCCAACAAGCAAUUAUUUAAUUUGCAUUUAACCUUCUAUUUUUGUAAUUCAGGUGUCAAAGGAAAACUGCCAAUCAAAACAAUUACAACACCUGCAGCAUCACACGCAGUGGCAACAACGACGACUGCAGUAAAUUCAUCAUCUCCAGUGAUUAAACAAAUUGCAAUGAAACAUGUUAACAUUGCUAAAUCACCGGGUGCGCAAGCCCUCGCAUCGUCACAACGCGUAACGCUACCUUUAGCACAAGUAAAAAACAAACUUUUACUUGCGCAGCAGCAACAGCAACAAACAGGUCAGACGAGCACCGCUUCGCCUACCGUGCAAAAAUUAGUGCCGAAAGUUGUAACCGCCGCUGCACCGAAUCAGCAAGUAUUUGUACAGCCCGGAUCAAAGUUGUUGGUCACGCAAGGAUCGCAAGGCCAAAAGGUGAUCAUAUCUGCAUCGCCAAGUCAACCACAACAGCAACAAGGCACUGCAACUGUCCAACAACAGCAAAUUGUUCAGACACAAACAAUUCAACAACACAUCCAACAGCAGGCACCACAGCAACAGCAACAAAUUGUGGUGAAUCAACAGAUGGGCAGCCAGCCUACACAAAAAGUGAUACAGCAAAUUGUCAACACGAGCAACGUACAACAACAAAUUGUUGUUGGCGGGCAGCGAAUAAUAUUAAGUCCAGGUCAAACGAUCGUUACUCAACGGAGUGUACCGCAAAGUCAAGCCCUACAAAUGGUACAACAGCAAAUACAAACACAGCAACAACAACAGCAGCAGCACAUCGUUCAACCACAGCAACAAUAUGUGGUACAAGCCAAUCAAACAGUUCAAUCAACAGCCACAACGCAAACAAAGUUGGUUAAGCAGCUGGUGGUGCAGCAGCAGCAACAUCAAACAAUUGAAGAGAAACCCCAGAGCAGUACCACAGAGAGCAAUGAGACAACCACGCAGCAAGUGCUAGUGCCGAAUUCGACGUUAGCUCAGCAGCUGGCGCAAGGCAAGCUACAAGUGGCGACUAUUAAUGGACAGCAAGUGAUUGUCAAGCCGUUGGGUAACAAUCAAGCGCAAAUUGUGGCACAUAUUAAGCAUCAGGGCGAUGGCAAUGCCCAUAUUGUGACUAACAAUGCAACGCCUGCAGUAUCUCAAGCAAGUCCGCAAGCCUCCCCUACUAAACAGCCGCAGCAGCAAAGUGUUGUACAACAAAGUCCACAACAAGUUGUUAUGCAGCAACAGCAAGUGCAACCACAACAGCAGCAGCACAUUGUGCAGCAAGUGGUCCAGCAGACACCAGCACAACAGCCCUUAAGCGUUGAAGAGAGUCUCCUCCAGAAUCAGCCACCUGGCACGGUUAUUAAAUGUGUCACGGCACAAGUAUUGCAAACAGAGCACGGACCACGUAUAGUGUUGCAAGGGCUAGUAGGCAACGACUUUACAGCACAACAACUGCAGCUAGUACAAACGCAGGUCAAGCAGCAGCUAAUGAAAGCUCAAGAAUCUAAUGGCAAGCUAGGCGUCUUAGGCCCCACAAAAAUCUAUUUAGCCGUGCAACCGGAAACAGCGGCACAGUCGUCACAGCCGCCGCCGUUAACGCCUGUUCAUCAAACGGCGACACAUCAACAAGUUGGUGGCAUCUCAAUUGUAUAUGUUGUAAGCUCAAAUUAUUUAGUACAAGAUGGCGAUGAAUCUAAACCUGAUAAUAAUGAUGAUGAUGAUGAAAUUAUUGUUGUAUGCAGUCCGCCUCGUACAAAGGAAAAAUCGGUGACUUUUUCACCACUAACAGCUGAGACGAUAAUCGAAACUACGGAGGAGGUGAACCAAUAUCAAGAUAGAGUUUGUACAAAUGAUGAUGCAUGCAAUAAUGAAGUUAGUUUUAAGUCAGAAGAAGAGCGGAAUGUGCAACCUCAGGACCUACCUAUAGUUAACGUUAAAGCUAACCAUGAUCAUAUUCAGCAAUUAAAUGAAUUUGAUAGUGCUAAAGCCGUCAAUCGAUAUAUAUUGCAGACCAACGAUAAGACCAGCAACAACAAUACCGAGAACGACGCCACCGCGCCUACAGCUAAUAAUGAGGAGACUGCCCCAAACGACAGUUGUCCCGCAACAAACAGCACAUGUGCCACCGGCAACAGCAGCAGCAGUAUUGACGUCGAGCCCAGUAGCCUUGCCCAAGCUGAUAAGCAUAAUAGCACCACACACAACAACAACUACAACGCAUCUGGAACAACUGUGGCACAGGAAAACGUAGAUUAUUCCAUAGUAUCAGCAACAGAUCUCUGUGGCACAUCCUUGAUACAAGGCGUCGAGAAUGAGCAAACGGAAAAUUUUGUCGUCACUAGCGGCUAUAUACAAGAAACCAUUACAAAUGUACUAAACCAAGGUAAUCUGAGUCCCGAGCUAAAAGAGAAAUUGGUCAACAUGCGUAUGAAGCAGGAGCAACAAAAUUCUCAAAACCUGGGCGAAUGGACGCCAUCAACGAACAGAUCAAAUUCCAUAGUUGAAGGCGCCAGCACUUCUAAUCGUCGACGCACUACGUCACGGCAUAAUAAUACCGAUGAUGAUGAGUGGAAAAUACGUACUCCAUCGAAGCGUCAUCAUGGUUUACCCAGUGUUAACCACAAUAGCGCAGUUAAAAAUAAUCGUAAGCAUCUGCCUUUGGAGGAUGCAGCAAAUAUAAGUGAACCAAAACAAACGCAAUUGGAGCGUCAUAAAGAUUUGCUUAAGAAAAGCAUCUUACGCAAACGAUCCCUGUUGGAACGCAAUUUGCAAAAUGAAAUCCGUGAGGAAGUGGAGGCCAAAGUCAAGCGACACGUGCGCGCCAUGAGCACAACGACACCAGAGAAAACGACUGAAAACGAGUGUACUUCAGUGUUUACUGAACGUCUGGUGGAUCAGAAUAAUGAACACAAGCGACACUCCAAACCAUCUAUGGGCCGCAGUCUUGGAACGGAGCCACCUAUGCUGCAUAACAGACACGCUGUUGGUCGGCCUAAGAAGAUGACUAGGAAAAGGGAGAAGUUAUAUUGUAUAUGCCGUAAGCCCUAUGAUGACACUAAGUUUUAUGUCGGCUGCGACUUGUGCAGCAAUUGGUUCCAUGGUGACUGUGUCAACAUUACCGAAGAGGCGUCCAAAAAACUAACAGAAUUCAUUUGUACCGAUUGUCAGAAAGCGCGUGAAACUCAACAGCUUUAUUGUAGCUGUCGUCAGCCCUACGAUGAGUCACAAUUUUAUAUUUGCUGUGAUAAAUGCCAGGACUGGUUCCAUGGUCGUUGCGUAGGUAUCGUCCAGAGCGAGGCUGAGUACAUUGACGAAUAUGUCUGCCCAGAAUGUCAGCGAAAUUCGGACGCAAACACCGCAAAUAUAAAAAGUCUAACGCAAAAUGAAGUUGUUGAACUCAAAAGCUUGAUUAAGCAAAUACAGUCCCACAAAAGUGCCUGGCCAUUUAUGGAACCGGUUGAUCCGGAAGAGGCGCCGGACUAUUACAAAGUGAUAAAGGAGCCCAUGGAUCUCAAGCAGAUGGAAACCAAACUCGAAUCAAACACCUACACUAAGCUCGCUGAAUUCAUUGGCGAUAUGACAAAAAUAUUUGAUAACUGCCGCUAUUAUAACCCAAAGGAAUCCUCAUUCUAUAAGUGCGCUGAAGCACUUGAAUCGUUCUUUGUACAAAAGAUCAAAAGUUUUCGAGAAAAUAUUGUUGGUCAAGGUAAUUGAAAUACAUAUAAGCGAAGCAUUGAUUGUUGGUAAAAUUGGAAAAUGUUACACUGGAUUAAGCUGGGUUUAACAAAAUCAUUAUUGAAAACUAAAAUUAUGAUUUUCAUAUAGGUAAAAUAAACUAAAUUCUUUCACUACAACAAAACAUACAUACGUAGAGUAUAGCCGCUCUGAUAUACAUAUUACUGUGUAUAUACAUAUAUAUAUAAGUAUAUAUUAUAUAUACAUAAUUAACUGAAGCUAAUAUAAGUAGUAGUAUUCUUUUAUCAUAUAUAACAAAAAAAUGGAUUUCGUAUUUAAUAUCGAGCAGAUUUAAGUUCAAUUUAAUGUGAAGAAAAUUAUUAAUAACAAUCUAAGUAGUUUUGCCUAUGUACAGCCCAAAAUAAGAUGUAAAUAAACACACACAUGCAUUUGUUUU